ACAAAGCAAAUCAGCUGUUUAAUAAAACAAACACUGCAGUAAAGUAAAGAAACCCAGUAACUGCGAAAUAAUGAAAUAAUAUUAAUUAAAAAUGUCACACUCUCGACUUGGUUUAGCGGAUGGGUGGGGACAAAUACAAAAUUUAAGAUUUAAUCAAGAAAAAUCUUCGUUUGUUUCAUGUUUUCAGGAUGGGUUCAGAGUGUAUAAUAUAGAUCCUAUUAGAGAGCAAGCACACUAUGGGGAAAAACAGGUUGGCAGUGUCUCAGUAGCAGAACUGUUGUACCGUAGCAACCUCAUUGCUGUUGUAGCAGGAGGCAGAAAUCCAAAGUAUGCUGAUAAUUCUAUUAUGCUCUUUGAUGACAGAUCAGGAAAAGCCGUUCUUGAAGUCACCCUUCCUUCUCCUGUGCUUGCAGUCAGGAUGAGGUUGGAUAAGGUAGUUGCUGUGUGUAGAACUAGUAUUCAUGUUUUCUCCUUCCCUUCAAACCCUUCAAAACUAUUCUCGGUGGACACCAGGGAUAACCCUCAUGGUCUCUGCGAGGUGAGUCCAGGGAAAUUUAGCGAGAGGGAGCUACUAGUCUUUCCUGGAUAUAAGGUUGGAAGUAUUCAAUUGAUGGAUAUUCAUAAUCUUACGAAAGUCAGCAGUGCUCCAACAUGCCUUAACGCUCACAAGACCGAGCUGACCUGCGUAGGGAUAAAUCAGCAUGGAACUAUGGUGGCUACAGCCAGUACUAAGGGAACCCUGAUUCGUAUUUGGGAUACAAGCAAGCGUGUUCAGCUGGUAGAACUUAGACGAGGAGCUGACCCGGCCCGGAUAUACUGCAUCAACUUUAGUUUAACAGACGAAUGGCUCUGCUGCUCAAGUGAUAAAGGGACCGUUCAUGUUUUUGCCCUUCAGGACUACAGGUUAAAUAAAAGAUCAGCUUUGGCUACAAUGGGUGUACCUGGAGCAUACGCUGGUUCACAGUGGUCCUUGGCAUCGUUCACUGUUCCUCAGGAAUGUGCGUGUAUUUGUGCUUUCGGGAACCAUAACAGUAUCCAUGCAGUUUGUAUGGAUGGGAGUUAUCAUAAAUACAGUUUCUCACCAGAUGGUAUUUGCAACCAGGCUGGUUAUGACGUCAUCACGGAACUUUGCGAAGAUUGCGACUGGCAUGCCAUGCGCGGAAUAAAAUAGAUAUUUUACAAAAACUACAGUCAUCGUCUUAUAUAUCAGUACUUUAAAGACGAAUUUAGAUUUCUACAAAGCUUUCAAACAAAAUGGAUUGGAUACACAAACAUGGAAGCUAUGAGAAGCUGUCAAAUAACAGAUUCUUUUUGUUUACUUCUAGUUUUAAAAUUUAAGUAGAAAAGUCGUUUUCAUUGUAUUGAUCUAAAGACCGACCAAUGAAUAUAAAUUAAUUUUACACACAAAAAGAAUUUUAAUCAAUAAGUUUUUGCCUACUUCCAAAAUCACAUAGAUGCUCUGCUUGUAUAGAAAAUUUGUAACACAAAAUAUACAUAUAUUCUUUUU